AACGGGUAAAGAAAAACUCCCUGAUCUAUUGAAACAUCGGGUAGAGCCUUGUUUUCCCCAAUAAAUUACCCAAAAAAAUUAAAAAAACAGAGAAAAAAAGUCUGGAAUCGCAAGCACAGAGAGUGAGAUACAGAGCCAGCAGUUGGGGGUUUGGACGCGGCCAUGGCUAUGGCUAUACUCCCCUCUUCUCCUCAAAUCCUAAUAAUACUCUCGCCCAACCUUCACAAAUCCCAAACCCUAAUAAUAUCAUCGGCCAACAAACGCGCACGCUCCUCCUCUUCAACACCACCAGACGAUUCAAAUGUGAGCAGCAGCAUAGGUGGCUUAGGUCGUGCUCUUCUCACCUCUAUCCAAUCACAACCCAUUCCGAAGAAGCUUCCCCCCAAGAAAUCGUACAGCGGCGAAGAUGCACAAAUGCCACGAGGAGGCUAUGGAGUGGAGAAAGAGAAGAAGAAGGCACCGCAGGAGCCACAUCUAAGUGGGUUGGAUGUUUUGCUGGCUUUGCACAAGGCUUCCUCUGCCAAGAAACCAGUCAGUACGAGCCCUCGUAGAAGAGAUAGGAAGAAGACGAUGAGCAACGAGGAUUUGGUCGAUGACCAAGAUGUGCGGCCCAUUGUCAUCAAGAGCGACUGGGCGACCAGGUUGCAAGAGCUGCAAAAGCUUCUUGAUGAUCUUAAGAAAGAGGAGGUGUGAAGCUGGCAGGGAUAUGCACGUGUUAUGGAAGCACGCUUGGCUGGAAUCAAACUAGGAAGCAGACACCCUCGCAAAGGAGGUGGCCACCCAGCAUUGAAGCAGACACCCUUGCUAAGGAGGCAGCUACCCAGCAUUUCCCGUAGCACUUUUUGGGAUCGGCUUCGUUUUGUUGGUUGCUUUGUUACAACUUCAUUGUAACAAAAGGAUGGCUUUUUUAUUGUACUUUCUCAUCCCCCCUUAGGAAGGGGUUUCUGUAUAUAGAGCUUCCGCCCUGUGGAUAGCCUAUACUUUUGGUUUGCAGUAUUUCCUUAUUAUUAAUUUAAGGUUAACUUUCUCCCAAAAAAAAAAAA